UGUCAAUAUGACUAUGAUUAAGAAGUCUAGGUCACCAAGACGUUCGAUGUUAAGUACGGCACAAACAGGUUGACAUACAACCCAACCCAAAACAAAAGGUAAACAAUAAUGUUAGCAUAUCGAUUAUUCCGCCGAACAUCGAUUCAAUAAAAAAAACCGUAGCAAUGUAAACUGUGUUAUUCAUGGAAUGUAUUACUGGGCUUUAAGGUCCGGUUAGCGAUAUAAUACUUCCUUGUUGAUUUGUUGUGAUUAUGUGUAAGGUGAAAAGGGACUUGUUGCUUUGAUCGAGAUAUUGUAGUCUCUUUUAACUAAUACAUAACUUUGUGUAGUAUAGCGGUUGGAAAAAGAGCUUGGUUUCGACAGGUGUAUGUGUUAAUGACUCCGGGUAAGAUAUCAGAUAUUCCAAAAUGUAUGCCCAGCCAAAUACCCUCCGUUCAUCUUGUAUUUGUUUCAUCUGUGAUAAUAUACAGUCUGUGUGCCGUUUGCAGUCAUCAAAUUCUGGGGCACGACGUGAUGAUUACACAGAGGAACCUCUCGACAGGGAUUUAGCCAACAGACUAGACAGCAUAGAACUUAAAAAAGAACGUCAACCAAAUCAGCUGUUAAAAGACAGCGGCCCUGAUUCCACAUCUGGGGAUACAUUUCGUAAUGAAUUUGGACCUACUUUAACAACAAACAUCCAAUACGCCUUCAGCGACCCAGAUGUGCACCUUCCACACAAUAUUUCCGAACAAUUACUAGAAAGACUCAGUGAUAUACGAAAAUUGAAUGAUAGUACCAUUAAGAUUUUUCAGCCACAAAACACAACAUUACGAAGACUAGUAAUCAAAAAUGCCAUUGGUUUAACGCCGGAUGCACUAGGUAUUCUGAAGAAACAUAAAAUACUGGACAUUGAAAUUGUACACCAGCCGAAAAUAAAUAUAAACAAAUUGUUAGAGUGCCUCGGAGAAUGGACAAUAAGGAAUUUGCGGACACUAAACGUAGAGGGGAUAUUAUUUACACCAAACAACAAUUUUGAUCUAUUAUCAAAACUCCGAACGCUUCGGUCUUUAAAUGUUAGUGACACAGAGUUCAACAAUGAGGGAUUAGAUGUGAUUGCUCGAGAACUAAAUUGUUUGGAAAAUAUUGAUAUUUCUCUGACCAAAGUCACUGAUGUAUCACCAUUACGAAAAUGUAAAGAAAAUAUAAAGGUACUAGCAAUGUUUGGUGUUCAGGUCAGUGACCCUGAAAAAACGGGUUCUAUUUUAUUAGAAUUAACAAAGCUAGUGUAUCUGGACGUAGCAUCUUUACUUUUCACUGAACCGAUGCAUCUGGCCAUAGUAAAAAUAAUGACCACCAAAGAUGCCCACCCAUGUUUGAGUUCAUUGGAUAUAUCAAACAAUUGUGUUCCAGAAGAUGUUAUCAGACUCUAUUUAAAAAGUCAUAGUAAAAUGAAAUUCCUAGGAUUAGUGGAGAGUGACACUAAAUACAGCGACGAGUUUUUGAACGCUUUACAAGAUUCAUAUCCAGAUCUGACGUUUGCGGCACUUGGCAAUGGUAAGCAAAUUAUAAACAUUCUCAAGAGGUACAGAAAUCGGUAUGGGUAUCUGUUGUCAUCCAUGAAUGCAAUAUAUAUGCAUAGCCAGUAUGGCACCGGUUGGGACGAUAUUGAAGAAGUUGUAAGGGUGAUCAUCAAGUCAAUACACGCGAAUGUACUUCACAGGGAAAUGGUUUAUCCCCUGCAGCAGGGGACGGAAUAUGCUUUGGGAAUUAAAGCCAUUAGUUGUAUAUAUAACUUACUAGAGGAUGAUAAUUGUUUACGGGUUCAUCCGACUUGUCGACGAGAAGCCGUAGAAUGUGUUUUACAGAUAAUGUCAAAGGCUAUCAUCGUUGGAAUGUUUGAUAACAGGUAUUAUAAUCUAGUGUUUGUGAAACUGUUAAAACAAGUGAUGUUCAACGAUGAAAAGCCGUUUUAUGAAAAGAAUUGUGGAUAUAUCAGAACAUUGAUGCGCCAUAUUAAACACAAAAUAACUCGUAGAAUGUUCAACGAAGAACUGAAAUGUCUUACCAGAAUAUUUUGGAAUGUAACGGAUGAAGCUCCUGGAAACUGUAAAAUUAUUGUUCGUGAAAAUGGUAUGGAAGUAUUGAUGGAUUUGUUACAGGUACUUUCGGGACAUCCUCCCUAUGAACUGCACGAAAUCCACAGUUCUAUAAUAAAUGCGGCAUUAGGAACACUUAAUAAUAUCGCGGAGGUUAAAGAGUUAAGGAAGGAAUUUAUGAAAGACAAUUUUAUUGAACUGGUUACACAUCUACUGGAUUCAGACCAACCACUGACCGGUUAUUCCUCGGCUGGCAUUUUAGCAAAUUUAAUAAGCGGUGGUGAUGAACUUUGGACAACAAACGAAACUCUACAAAAAAGUUGUUCAGAUAAACUUAUGACCACAGUUUUGAACUGGGAAAAGCACAGAGGUGGAUUGGUGAAAUAUGAAUCAUUUUGUCCCCUCUUUCAAUUAUUAAAAUGUUACCAUAUUCCUGCUGUACAAUUGUGGGCUGCAUGGGCCAUUGAACAUGUUUGUGGUUACUAUGCAAAUAGGUACUGUCCUUUGUUGGUAAAAGAGGGCGGAAAAGAAAUACUGGAACGGACGUUGAAGAACAGUACCUCAAUAGAAGUAAAAAAACUAGUAUUGGAUAUUCGACAACACCUGAACAAUUUUGUUUUGUAAUAAACAUACAUGAGACAAUCAAUGUACAAUACUGUUGGUAUGCAAAUAAUUAAAGUCGGAGUCAAAGUUUUACAAGACCUGCAAAUCAAACGUUUUAAACUAUUAGACAGUUUGCUGUCCCAAUAGAAUUGAACAAAAAUAGGUUGUUUUGAUGACCAUUUUGGAAUUCUAGAUGUCAUCCACCAGGGCCCGUCAUUUUGUGGAGCCAUAUUUUUAUGAUCAUUAUAUAUCAUAGUACUAUUGUGCAAAGUUGCAUGCAUUACCCAAGAAGUCAAUGAUACUUGUGGAAAUCAGGCCUUAGCCACUCAAAUCAUUAGGAUAUGUAGCAGUCAACCUGUUUUGUCGAAUGAGUGUGAACAUUUCAUACAACUCUAUAUAUAAAUAUAAAAAGCGGCCUUCGGGUAAUGAAUGAAAGAAAGAAUACCAGAGGAGAAAACCGUCAAACCCUUUUUGUAAAUGGAAGCGGAAGUCGCUUGAGCCCCUGCCAGUCUCCCAUGCUGGAGUUAAUCGAUCAGAAUGGGGUGCGAUCGCCCGGGCCUUCCUCGUACUGCCGUGCUGUAUCGUUGUGAUCAACAGUAGCUGAUCUAUCACACGUACAAAUUUCAUUGCUGUAUCUCAAUUCGGUAAAGAGAUAUACAGUGUCGACUUUGGCAGUAAAUGUAAAUUGCCCUGGUAUAACCAAGGAGGAGAGCAGUAAAUGUAGAUACUAUCGUUCUCCUUGAUACAUCUAUGAUAACCCAAAGCGAGAUUUUGGCAGUAAAUAUAAAUUGCCGAGGAUAAAAGCAGUAGGUGAAGAGACUGUCGUUCUCCUUGGUACUUGUCUGACAACCUAAGACAAAAUGAAAUGAAAUGGGGUUUAACGUCUUACUGUUCUGUCCCGAUCUUGGCUAAUGAAGACGGGCAUACUCCAUACAGUGUGCUAUGAGGGAAAUUUUGCCGGACAGCGGCACUACGGCCUACUCUUACAUCGAAUUCCAACUGUCAAGAGAUCUUGACGCCAAUGUGUACACGGGACCUCGGUUUUUCGUCCAAUCCGAAUGACUAGACAGCUGUACGUGUCAGGCCCUGCAUCACUGACAAGGGGGAAUCACGCCGGAAAAUCUGGAUGAACUUUUUCGGCCAAUGCAGGGAUCGCACACCCGACCUCCAGGCUAGCAAGCCAGCGUCUGAUCCACUUAGCCACCGUGACCCCCAGCUUAAGACGAGGUGUUGGCAUUAAAUGUAAAUUCCCCUGGUAUAACGAUGGAGAAAAACAGUAACUAUGCUUAGAAGAAUAUUUAUGCUUAAAUAUGCAGUUUGUAAACCGUCCGUUCAUCAUAGAAACAAUUAGAGAACAUAUAUUGCUUUUCGCCUGGGUUAUACUAUGGGCACCAGCAAUGGCCCAGAGUCCUAAAAUGGGCAGUAUCUGCAUUAUCUCAGUCCCACAGAGAAAUAUAUGAAAAUCGGGCAUCAUUUUGUUUAAAAACUAUUAGUGCGGGAAAGUGACAAACUUUAAAGUCUAUUUUCUCAAAAUGGCUAUUUUGCAGAUAUAUACUGCCUUUCUCUUUUGUAGGGCAGCAUAGUGUACAGUAGGUUACAUUACAACCGAGUGACUUCCGUGAUUUCUGAGACAACAAAGUAAAUAAGUAGCCAUGUUAAGUUUAAAAAGGUCAUCAAGGUCUUCAUUGGAAGGACAGUGUUCUUAAUUAGUUGUAUGGAUUACCAUAUCUGCCAGAAGUGUAAUAUUCUUAUACAAAUAUAUAAGUUUAUUAGUCUCUCAGACCAAUUUAUUGUCACGGAGAGUUGAACAUACUGAGAAACAUUCCGAUCCAGUUUCAUCAACUUUCAACGUAUUUAAAGUAAUCUUUUUUAACGAUGACUGUACGUUUGAAAUCAAUUCACGAAGGUCUCGAUCAACAUUAAAAAAUCCACCGAUUCUCGAAUAAUUUCAACAAACAAUAUUUAAAUAAUGUACUUGUGAAAUAUCCAGGCUAUCAGAAGCACAUCCGAGGAGUUUUUAGAAUUUUAAACCACUCCAAUCUCUUAAUUAUUGAUGUCUUGCGAUAUCAUUAUUAUUUCUAGAGAGAGGAUUUGUAAGGGGUUCAUUUUCACCUUUGAUGCACGCAUUGCCACAAAAGACCCAUUGGAAGUUGGAAUUCGAUAUAAGAGUGGGCCAUAGCGCCGCUGUCCGGGAAAAAUUUCCUUCAUUGCACACUGUAUGGUGUAUACCCGUCUUAGCCAUUUAAUUUCCAAUUUUGAACAUGAAAUUAAUUAAUUUUGACGGGCGUGGACAUAAAUCAAAUUUUGAUGUUACCAAUCUGGGCAUGGGACUUGAGAAAUCGUGAUUUAAAAUAUACGGUACGAUAAGCAGUUAAAUAUAUUGUCCGUGACACCAACAUUGUCCUACUUUUUCGAGUAUUAAUAAAUAAGUGUGUUUUAUCUAUAAUAAAGCUAUCUACUUUGGCUAUUAUCCCAUUUUAUCUGUAACAUAAUAUUUAUAUGACUGGGAUUAUUUACACACGACCGUUAGUAGGUCAAAAAAUCUAGUACUUCACUGAUAGCAUUCAGUAGCCUCAUUAUUGAUUUAAGCGUUAAUAAAGCAGGAUAUCGUCGUAGGUGAAUACAGGUAUAGCUUUCUCAUUAUAAUCUGAUUUUAUAGAUAAAAAUAUUACAUUAAGCUGAAAAUUGAACAGGUAUGAAUGGACAUAAAGGCUAGAAGGGCAAUAAUAAAAUGUCUUUAAUAUUCACAGCAAAAAAUAAAGAUUACAAUGUGGUUCUUUAGUCAUAGAGUAAACAUGAAUUUAUUUAUUUUAUGAAUCACUUCCGUUUAGACGGUUAUGCACAAAUGGGUGUAAUGGGGCUGUCACACAUUGGCGUAUAGCCGACGUAUGAGAAAUUUAGCAAACACGCUGGUGUGGAAAUGGAAUGGGGUUUAACGUCCAACUGUUCUGCUCCGAGCUGGAGUGCGUUGAAUACGUUAUGGGUACGUUUUUAACAAGUUACGAGCACGCUGAAAUACCAUGGUAUAAGUUGUUGUACGCCGAACGCGGCCGACGUAAUGCUAACACGUUAGGCGUAGGUUAGAGGUACGCGACAGCGUGUUAGAUAUUUCAUACGUCGGAAUAAGUUCUCUAUAAAACGCUAUAGUGUGACAGGCCCAUAACAUGUUUAGUAUGUUUCAAGUGAAUGGGUAUGGACAUGGCUUGUAAAACAUUCUAUCUCCUGGUAUUUGUCAUCCUGUAUCUAAGGGGCUAUACAUUAUAAUUAUUCACGUGGUCCUGCAUCGGGGUGUCGAUUUCAAACGUGACCGUAAAGAAACUAAAUUGAAGAUAUUGCAUGAUCAGAUAACAUGAUGCCAAUUAUUGAAAACAGUCCAACAUUUCCUUUCGCUUUCAGAAUAGAUGUAAAUAAUGGCGUUGAGACAAUACUGGAAUAUUUUACUAUUGAUGUAUGAGCUAUUACGUCACAGCUUUAUGUUGUUCUUGUCAUUGUUAUUUCCUUCAAUUAAACGGAAUAUGAUCAGUCAUGUUGGAAGUGUAAUGGACGAUACGGGUUUUAAAGAAGAAGACUGGACAGGAAGUUUAUACACAUGGGCUUGCAUUAAACAGAUGUUUCGAUCUCGCUAUUUGGACAUAUGGAAAAUAGCCGAUCCAGGAGGGAAGGCGCCAAAUCCUAAGGUAUUCUCAGCAGACGGGUCUCAAACACACUUAUUGCUAGAUUUCAUGAAAAAGGGCAGACCACUCGUCUUAAAUUUUGGAAGCUGUACCUGACCACCGUUUAUGGCAAAGUUACGGAAAUUUAACGAAAUAGUACGAGACUUUGCUAAUGAAUGUGACUUUUUAACGGUUUAUAUAGAAGAAGCUCAUCCCGCCGAUGGAUGGUGUUUCAGUAAUAAUUAUGAUGUAUCACAACAUGUAAAACUAGCUGACCGAAUUAAAGCGGCUAGUUAUCUACUGAAAGCUGGGAUCGACUGUCCCGUGGUAUUGGAUAACAUGCAAAAUGAUGCAUGCGCUUGGUAUGGUGGUUUAUAUGAACGACUCUAUAUCGUUCUAGAUGGCGCUAUUGUGUACCAAGGAGAGCGGGGGCCGAUGGGAUACCACGUUGAAGAAGUUGAAAGCUGGUUGAUUAAAUAUUUUGCUAAAUAAUAUGUAUGCCCAAUAACGCUACUUAAAUUUCAUUGCAUAUUAAAGAUGCAUUAUGUAAGAGCUAAAUCUAUCUUUUGCAGAUCUUUCUUUUAGUCUCACAUGUUAUAUAAAUUAUUAAUUAUACAUUUAUUCACCUGACAAGCCAUAAUGAAAUCUCUAGAAUAUCAGGUGGUUGUGAUUUUGAACGGAUUGAAACACGAUCGGCAUUUAAUAAUUUAAAAAUGGACAAUCGAGACUUUGUUUAUUAUCGUAACAACGGUAGUAAUGCAAAUCGAGACUACACUGUUUUUUAAACUUCACUCAGAAUAAAGUAAUUCGACUGAAAUUUUCAAUAUAUUCCUUUUCGCCAUCUAUUUUUAAACUAUUAUACUGGGAACUUUCAGCUCUUUAUGUAAAGUAGACGAACUAUAUAUCGAAAUUAGAUCGUUGAAAGGGUUCUAUUUUAUGUAAUUUGCUUGUGAUAGAUUUUACUACCCACAAUAAAGGUUCGAGUAUAUACCCUAUUUGUAACAUUUUGAUGAUAAUUUUAACAAAUUCGACAUAUUAAUUAUGUUAGUAAGUGCUGAUUAUAACAAUUAACUCUUACUCUAAAGGACAAAUACUCUAAAACAGCAUUAAAUUUUAUGAGUAGAGUUUCGUUUCAUCUUAUGAAAAUGACGUUUUAUGAUAACAUAUUAACAAAGAAGUGAAAUUAAUAUGUCUGAUGGCAUCACGCCAUAUUACUGAGAUAUUACGAAACAACUCCUUUAAAUUUGUAUUAUAAAUAAAAAUUGUAAAAUAAAUCUUCAUGCUAAUA